CAAAAAUAGAGACAGAGAGAGAGAGAGAGAAAGAGCAUUUUUUUACAUUUUUUUAAAAUCGAAUUGUGCCUAAAUGUUUAUGCCAGAGCUUGUGUUUUUUUUUUAACAUUGUGUCCAAUCCAAAACUCAUAACCCACCGACUUAAAAUGGAAUGCAAAGGCACAUGGACACCCUUUGAGCAAAAGUACUUUAACAAUAUGAUGGAAAUCUUUCUAAACACAUCGACAUCAUCGUCGGCAGCAUCCUCUCAAGCCAGCUCGCCCACAACAUCGGCCACCGCAGCGGCAGCAGCAUGGGAAGUUAGCAAAGGAUUGGCGGCCACUCAUAGAUUGGCUGCUUAUCAGCAACAGCAGCAACAACAUCGUCAAAUGCUACUCGAGGAGCAUCAAUUGGAACAAAAGCAACUGCAACGUUUCCAACAGAUGAGACAAUUCUAUUUGGCUCGUCAUCAUCAUCAUCAGCAACAGCAGCAACAUCAUCAUCAUCAGCAGCAGCAGCAGCAACAUUAUCAUCAUCAUCAGCCCUCUUCGAAUAUGGCAAAUGGUCUAAUCUGGCAACCAUGGCUUGAUUUUCAACACGCAGCUGCAACAGAAUUUCAGCAACAAUUCCAAUUGCACAAAGAAAUGCAUGUGACGUCAAAGGAGCUGCCAACAACCAAAUGGCGACGUGAACGUCGCCAACGAACGGCAGAAUAUCAAGUUCAUGAGGCCGGCAUCAAUAAUGGCGAGCGAGAGCGGGACAGGGAGAGGGAACGCGAACGGGAACGGGAACGCGAGCGAGAACGGGAACGGGAUCGAGAGGAUCGCGAUAUGGAUAGCCCCAUUGAUAUGUCGGUGACAUCUAGCUCAUUGAAGAAUUAUCAUAAUCAGCAGAGCAGAGCCUCACCGCCGCCACCAUAUCGUGAGCCGCUGCCAGGUACCAACUAUGCGGCCAAUAGUCGUCCCAGCGUCAUAACGCAGGCGCCGCCAAAGCGAGAAUUGCAGGAAGUUACCAAAUUCUCGGACGAUGCCUGCGACAUUGAUGAACAUUUCCGUCGCUCACUGGGACCGGACUAUGCGAAUUUGUUUGCCAAAAAGUCGCCAACAUCGACACCGACGCCCACUCCCUCGCCCAGUGGCACUCCCAUGCAACAAGUAUCGCCACAUGCUCACCAUCAUUAUCAGCCACAUCGUUCGCCGUUACCACUGGCCAAGCCCGGAUUGCCCAUAAUGCAUUCGCCCACGCUGAGAUCUCAGCCAGAGUCGCCGCAGCAGCAGCAGCAGCAGCAAACCGAAUUACCGCCACCUCAAGAGGAGCCACUGUCAUUACAUCGCAGUCAGACGCCACCAUCGCCGGCAGCAGCUUCAAUUCCAACAUUACAAGCAGCCGUUGUAGUAGCAGCGGCAACAGCAGCAGCCGCAGCUGGGACGGAUCUCCCAGUGGCCGCCAAGCGAGCCCUGGACACGCCCCACCAUACACCACCCAGAUAUAAUACUCCGCCGCCGGCCUAUGGCAGUGGUCACACUGCUGUGACAACAACAACACCAACACCAACAACGACAAAUGCCGCCUCGACACCCACACCAACGCCCAUACCUACGCCCACGCCCACACCCACACCAACACCCACAAUGCCUGCUAUCAUACGCGUCAAGGCCGAACCCGGUUUGGCUGCGGUGGCCGCAGCAUCAUCCUCGUCAACCCAAACGCCGCCUGCCUCGCCGACCUCGUCCACAAACAUUUCGAUAUUCACCAAGACUGAAGCCUCUGUCGAUGAUCAUUUUGCCAAGGCGCUGGGCGACACCUGGAAGAAGCUCCAAGGCGGCAGCAGCGGCGGCGGCGGCGUCGGAGGAGGCGGUCUGACCAAGGAUUAGGACUAGGACUAAAACACAUACAAACAAGCCGUAGAUGAAGAUGGAUAGUUAGGAUGAUGGACGAAGAAGAAGAAGAAGGUAUAGAGGAGAUGGGAACCACCACAACCACAAGAGCUGUUUAUUUUACAAUUUACUACAUAUAUAUACAAAGUAUAUAUAUAUAUAGAAAUCAAUAUAUAUAUAUAUAUAUCUAUUUCAACUACACAAUUGACGUUUAAAGAUCUCAUGACGAUGUGAAACAAAAGGAAAAAAAUUCUUCAACUGCGUGUGUAUUAAAACAAAAAACAA